AUGGAAUUACAAACGAAAAUUUAUGGCUCGGAGGCUAAUUGGCAUAAAAUUAAAGAUGAAAGACAAAAGGCAAAAAAUAAAAUUCAAAAUAGUCAAAAAAGUAGUAAUCAGAUGAAGCCUGUUAUAGGUUUUCGAAAAAACUUACAUCAGUUAGACAGCCAAACUAUUAUACCGGAACAAACUAAACCGCAAAAAGGUCCUGUCGAACUAGUUUUAGAAAGUUACCCACAACUUUCUGAAGCACAUCUACAACAAAUGUUGACGUGUUUGACUCUGCCUUCGGGUCUUGAUGUCACAGAACACAGCAUCGCUGGCUUAGAAAAAGUUAAAGCGUUAAUUAAAAACAAGAUACUAAGACCUCUUUGUCGUCCCGACAUACACAAAGGUUUAUAUCGACCGACUAACGGCAUUUUAUUAUUCGGUCCACCCGGAACAGGUAAAACGACUCUUGCGAAAUGGAUCGCUACAGAAUCUGCAGCUGCUUUUUUUAAUGUCACACCAGCCAAUCUGACUAGCAAAUUUUAUGGUGAAACAGAAAGUCUUGUAAAAACGUUGUUUUGUGCAGCCAGAGUAUUAGCUCCUUCAAUAAUCUUUUUUGAUGAAGUUGACUCGAUUUUGAGUAAACGAACAGACAAGGAGGAAGAAUCAACUACGCGCAUGAAGAACCAAUUAUUACAAUUCAUGGACGGAUUUACAAAUGAUGAGAAAAAAACAGUAAUUGUUAUUGGAGCUACAAACAGGCCCAACUGUUUAGAUGAAGCAGCCUUGCGUAGACUGUCAAAGCGAAUAUACAUUCCUUUACCAGACCAUUUUUCAAUAGCAGCUCAAAUAAAAACCAUUCUUAGCGACCAUGCUGAACAAAUGAAUUUGACCAACGAUGUUGAGCUUUCUUGGGUUGAUUCUUACGCAAAAAAUUUAUCCGGUUACAACGGCAGUGACAUUCGAAGUUUAUGUAUAAAAGCUGCUGAGCUAGUCUACCAAACGCCUAGCAACUCAAAUGUACAAAACAAUCAAUACAACCAACAAUCGCAAACAGGUUUUCCGUUAUCGACUUCACAGAAUCUCAGUGGAACUCAAUACGGACAAGCUAUGGGCCUGUACCAAAACAAUUUAUUAAAUAAUAAUACCCAAAAUACAUUUUCUUCUAUGCAAAGCAACGAUAAUCCGUUGCUUAAAGCUGCUGAAACCGUUAAAAAUAAUGCUACUACGUACAAUAUGCAGUCAAACAACAAUUUAAACGCUAACAACGUAUUACCGCAGCAGACAAACACUCUUUAUGGUCAAAAUUCUUCUUACUAUACUAAUUCUACAACUCAACCUUCGCUUAAUAUAUAUGGUUUAACAAAUACUCAAUCCAACCAAUCGAACCAAUCUACUCAGGCUACUCAAACUAAUCAAAACGGGCAAACUAAUCAAACUACUCAAACAAGUUCAGUACCUUCUCAGCCGAUCUACGGUUCAACUCAAAACUGGAAUUCCGGUACUAAUACUUCUUAUCCUUACAAUUACAACUCAAAUCAAAAUAAUACCACUUCAACUUCAGUCACCAACACAAACAAUAACGCUCAAAGCGGCUUCAAUGUUUUGAACUUACCUGAUUUAAAGUCAAAUUUGUUCGACAAUCAGCUGAAACCAAAUAAUACUACAGCUUCCACUGGAAAUCAGGACUUUUCUCUCCUUAACAACGCUUCGUUCACCCCCGCUGCUAAUACUUCAACCACUACAAGCAAUCCUAAUUACAACGGCACUAUCUUUACUACGAAUCCAACUGGUUUUUCCCAAUCUAGUUCCAUGUUUACGAAUAAUCCGCUUCUUGGUGACACGAAUAUAAGACCUUCUACUGUUCCAUCACAGGAUUUAAACCAAACUAAUACUUUAAGUACCUUACCAUCCAUGACAGCUCUUUCACAAACCCCAACCAAUUAUAUAACUGACAUAAAGAAGAAACGAGAAGAGUUGCUUUCGAUAACGUCUUUGAACAGCUCAAACACUUAUAACUAUUUACGUUCCACUUAUUCUCAAUCUUUGUCAUCGCUUUACACAUUGACCUCAACUCCCAACUUCAUAGAAAAUCCUCUUUUAUACAAAGCAAAAUCAGAACCCGAUAUCUCUGCGCUCAAAUAUUUGAACACACUUGAAGAUUCUUCUAACAAAGCUUCUGAUGCACCAAUUACGAAACAAAGAACGAAUCAGUCAGAAAUAUCGUUCAAAUUCCUUAACACUAUUGAUUCUUCUGCUCCUGAUUCAGCACAGCUUCCUAGUGAUAAAUACAAGCCAAUAUCCACUAGACCAGAUUACCAAUUCUCUCCGUCUAUAUCUGUUCUUUGUAGUAUGCGUGAAUCAGAAUUAGCAGAAGUGCCUGAUUUAUCUAUCACGCGCAUUGGAGUUGCCAAGGUAUUUUGGCCAGGCUUUACUGAUGUUCGUGAAAUUAACUUUGACAAAGCUGUAAUUAUUGAAAAUACUUAUGUAGAAGUGGCAGGAAAGGCGUGGAAACAGGAUCAAAAAGCUAAAAAUCUUCCGACAGAAAUGCCAGUAGGUACGAAACUCAACAAAACCGCUCAAAUUACACUAUUUAACGCUUAUCCAAAUACCAAACUGCUAGAAUCAGGUAUUGACACUAAAAUAUUACAUCAAUCGCACGAUGCUAAACUUAAAGCCUAUUGUGAACAAAGAUUUAAAGAUACAAACAAAUUUAAAAACGAAGUAUUAGAUAAAAAAAUUAAGGUUUUUGUCAAUCUACAGCUAGACCCUUUACUGGGCAGCCAGACUGCUUUACAUAUAGCUGCUUAUCAAGGAAAUAUCAACAGUGUUAAAAUUCUUGUUAACCACCACGCGGAAGUAGAUGCACUUAACAUAGAAUUAGCUACUCCGUUACAGUUGGCUGCAAUUUGUGGUCAAUACAAAGUAGUUGAAUUUCUGAUCCAAUGUGGCGCAAAAAUAAAUCAGCCCAACAAAUAUGGUGAAACAGCAAUACAUGCAGCUAGCUUUGCGCUUUCAUUUCCAUGUUUAAAAUUAAUAAUAGAAGCUGAAGGCGAUAUUUGCGCUGUUUCUUCAGGAUCUGGAAUAACGUGCCUGCACGCUAUUUGUGCAGGUUUAACCAACAAUUUCAGACUGUUUUUUGGAGAAACAGUAUCCGAAAAAUGUUUUAAUAGUUCUGACUUUCCCAUAUCAAGUAAUAUUUAUGUUAGAUUUAAAAAUACUGAAGAACCAUUUGAUUCAAACGAUUUUUAUUCAUCCUACCCAGUAAUAAAAAAGAAUUCAAUAAAAAAACUAUAUUAUCCAGAGUAUUUUAACAAAAGACUGGACGAUGCAAUAAAUUUAGUUGUAUUUGUACGGGAAACGAUCAAUCUCGAUCCCAAGAUAGUGAAUAAAGAAGCAUUAUUUAUGCAUAGUUCUGUGCAAGGUUAUACAGCAUCUGAGUUUCUUGUUUAUCAGUGGGAAUCACUUCAGACAAUUAGAAACAAUUUGAUAACUGAUACAACAUGGGAAUCAUUAAACCGCGACAAGAAAUCUACUUAUAUAAAGCAAUAUGUGGAAGAAGUUAGCUCUAAGGUAAUAGAUUUAAUUAGUUUAUUAAAACCAAUGACACAAGAUCAACCAUUAAGUUUAGAAUUAAAUGAAAUGACGAUUUUGGGACAACGAUCUUCUAUGGAACCUAUCAAGAUAACUCCAGAGACUCACGAAUUAAACAUGUGCGUUGAACAUAACACUCAUCUAAAAGAUGAUAUAAUUAUUAUGCCUGAAUAUAAACAGGAACGAGACCUUAAGGAACAAGCAGCGAGAGAAAUUGCUUUAGCAAACGAAAAAAUCAAGCAAGAACUCAAGGCGAAACAUGAAUCUUCAAUAAAUGAAAGAAAAAAUGUACUGGUAAAAAAACUAACUGCUGCAAAGUUGAGUAACUAA